AUGACGUAUUUCAAGUUAGUAUUCGGCUUUAAAGAGUCUCUCGAGAACGUUCGUAAGAAUAUUGAUGUCAUCAAAAACAAUGAUGGGUCAAUUUCGAUGUAUAAUAAAAUCUUAAACGAGAAUUAUUCAGCUGGUGAGUUCAAAGUUGUUGGGAUUGAAGAUAUUCCAAAACAUGAAGAUAGAAAUGAUGGAACACUUAAUAUUAUUCUAGGUGGAAAAAUUCACCGAAAUGGAUUUUCACCUGUUGACUCUCUUGCAUCUCAAUCAAUCCCAGAGAAUGAUGGAGCAACAUUUUUAGCUGCCUCUAAUUUCAAUUGCCUAGAGUUUACAAGUUCCAGACAAACUGCUUAUGAUGGGAUUACAUGCUAUGAAGCAGAUCCAACACAAGGUCCAUAUUGUGCUAUUGCUUGUGCUCCAGGAGCUCUCUAUAGAAACUAUUUUGUCGAAAUUAAUGGGAAGCAAGGUCAAUUUGAUCAAGAAAUAAACUUACUAUAUGAAACUCCAAUACAUGUAAAGGGUGGUUACCCAUUAAUUGAUAAUGAACAAGCAAAUUAUUUGCAAAAUUCUAAUUUUGAUUGGAAUAAUCUAAAUCAUUACAAGGUAGGAUCUCACAGCAACCUUACUGUGACAACAUCUAUGCUUCGUGGUAGAAUGAUGAAGACAAACAUGCAACAAAUUACUCAUCACAUAUAUGCUGCAGCAUUGAACUUUGCUAGUAAUGUAGUUGAAACGCCCUUUACUUCUAAAUUAUCACAGUACCUAUUAGAAGCUGAGUACAAGGCCACAAUCCUUCAAGCAUGGGAUAAUUCAAUCAAAUAUCCAAAUAGAGCAGGAUCAAAUAAGCUCUAUUUAACUUUACUUGGAGGAGGUGUAUUCAAUAAUCCAAUAGAUCGCAUUUGUGAGCAAAUCAACAAGAACCUAGAUCUAAUUCAAAAAUCUGGUUUAGAAGUCUAUGUUGUAUGCUAUUCAAGACAAAUAUAUAGUAGGGUGCAACCGCACCUUGAUAAUUCUGUUAAACAGACAAAUGGAAAGAUAAUUGGUUUAUAA